GCUAUUCCAUUUCUGCUUCCUUCUACGAUGGCGCUGCAAAGGUCAAGUAUUUUACUCUAUCAGCUUUUACUUUUUAGUGCGAGAUGACUUGACUGCAAUUCCUAAAGGCUACACCUUUCUUAACAGGAAUACCUUUGUCUCUGAAAAGAGCAAGGCGAUCCUGUCUGACCUUCUCGGCUAGGCCGAAAAGAGAGAACCUACGCCAAUGACAUGUACAUCUACAAUGAUUGCUACUCAUACGCUGUCCUGGACCUCAUCGACAACACUAUCGACGACACUCUGAACAACAAAGUCAAGAAGAAGGACUGGAAUGACGCGAUGGACCUUCUUGAGGUGUGUGACGAUGGCAACCUCAUUACGAUCGCCGACAGUGCAUACGGCUCGCUGCUCAUCGUAGUCCUGCGCGCGGUGACACGAGCCGGCCGCCUCGACACGACCAACUACGCCAGCCUCAAAACCCUUCUGAAAUGCGCUGCGGGCUGGGGCGAGUCGAUGCCGAGGGAUGCUGGAUACAGCGGCAUCUGCAAGGCUAUCGGCUAUCGGCUGUUCAAGAGCAAACCGGAGAAGCAAGUAGCGUUAGAAAAGGCGCGUGUGGAUGAGUGGGACACCAGCCGGUGGAUCUACGAGGAGAAAAAGCCGCUCUUGUUCAGCGAAAUGGAUAUUUAGUACAUUGGUGAUUAUUCUCUUCUGAUAAUUCCGUCUUGUGCUUUAGAAUGCUUGCUUGAUAUUUGGUACAUUGGUUACAUUCAAUGGUAUUGUAUGACACCCUUGUUAUUUCUUACUCC